AACGGUGACUGUGAUGAGUGUGAUUGAAUUUGAAUUUUGAAAGCUGAAACUUUGCUUCUAUCUUCGUUUCAGUUGUAAUCACGACGUUGUAAUUUUCAAAUAAUUUGAAAAGAUCGAAAUCGAAUUCGCCUUUGACCCUUAAUAAUAAUUUAUUGUUUAAUAUUCUGAAUUUGUGACAAUAUGUCCAAGCGAAAACAAAUAAAGAUAACUAAAGCAUUCAAAAAAGCUACUACUGCUAUAAAACCACAGGAACCGGAGGAAAUCGAUGAAUUACAACAAGAAAUAGAAAAGCUUAAAGAGGAAGUAAAAUUAAAAAAGGGGCUAUUGUUUCAAUAUCAACGACAAGCUAACAAGUCGAAUGCUGCGGCGUUAAAUCUAGUUGAGAAGUAUGUUAGGCCUAAGAAAAUUAUAACUACCAAUUCAGUGGCGAGUUUAGAAAACGAAUUGGAACUGCAUUGUAUGCUGAAUGGUGUAGAAGUACAGUCUUUUGUGAAGGAUGACCAUUGCUGUGUUGUUUACCAUAUACAACAUAAUAUGAGACACCAUCAAUACAAACAUGGCCUCAGAAUUGACAUGUCACCCAGUGGUAAAGAAAUUACAAAAAUGUCCCUACCAGAAGGUUUCAAACUACAGGCUGUAUUGAAAGACUAUGACAAUAUUAUGCAUCCAGACUGCCUUGGUGCUAUAAGAAAAGCAUUAGUUGCAUACUAUGAUAGAUUGGAACAAUAUGAGGGUUUAAAGAAACAAAUAGAAUUGGAUGCAAACCUAUUCAAGACAAAAGAUACAACAGAUGUGGAGAUAACAUUCGCCAUACGAAGUCACAUGGAUGAACCAGACAAACAAAUUAGAGUAACACUUAACCUGGCCUAUGGAAUCUACGACAUUUUGCCAAACAAUUAUUCAUUCAUAGGCGCUGUUUCAGAUGUGGGUGAGGAUGUAUUGGAAACACUAGAAUCCCAAUGUCUGCUGUUGAAUAAGAAACGAUUAGAUGUAGCGUUUCAUAACACAUUCAUUGAUGGUGUCGGCCCAUACAACAUGAUUCAACAAAUGCCACUUGAACAGGCGCCAUUGAACCACCGUCCCAAAAAGCACAAUAACAGCAAUGAUAAUACGUUUCUGCCUGAAGCGUGUUCUGACCAAGGAGAGGAAGAAUAUAUGUAAACAUUCGAGCACAAUAUUCACAACUCAACUCUUAUUUCCUUGUGCAUGCAUGCAAUAGUUAAGUCUGUUAAUGAUAUAAGCUGAUUUGUCAAAAUUUACCUACGCAGUGAGCUGAGCUCAACGGGAUUCUUAUUAAAAAAAUUAUAAUUUAUAAGUUAUCAAGAACCCGGAAAUAAAUAUGAAAAAUUAAAUGUUUAUUUAAAUUUA